ACCGCAGCCGCAACCCCAGCCGCGCGCGCGCGCAUCCCUCCCUCCCGCGCGCACUCCCCACAGCCACACAGGUUCUUCCCCUGCCGUCGGCCGCCGCGGGAUCGGACGACGCGCCAUGGAUCCCCUCUCCCUCCUCGUCCCCCGCGCGCGCCCUUCGCUCCCGCUCCCGCUCCGCGCCGCCGCCCCGGCCACCAGCAGCGCCAGAGCGGCGGCACCGGCCCCGCGACGGUGGCGGCAGCGCGCGCGGCUGCCGUCGCCGGUCUCGGCCGUGGCGGCGGAGGCGCCCUCGGCGCCGUCGCCGUCCGGCGGGGAGGAGAAGGAGAAGGAGAAGGAGGAGGGGCAGUUCGACUGGCUGGACCAGUGGUACCCGCUGGCCCCCGUGUGCGACCUGGACCCCGGCGCGCCGCACGGCAAGACGGUGCUGGGCCUCCGCGUGGUGGCCUGGUACGACCGCGCCGUGGACGAGUGGCGCGUGUUCGACGACGCCUGCCCGCACCGCCUGGCGCCGCUCUCCGAGGGCCGCAUCGACGACAAGGGCCGCCUCCAGUGCGUCUACCACGGCUGGUGCUUCGACGGCCGCGGCUCCUGCCAGUUCAUCCCACAGGCCCCCGCCCUCGGCCCACCUGUGCACAAGAACAGCAAGGCGUGCGUGGCGUCGUACCCGAGCGUGGUGCAGAACAACAUCCUGUGGUUCUACCCGAGGGCCGACGAGGAGCACCAAGACAUUCUGCAGAGGAAGCGCCCGCCAUUCAUCCCGGAGAUCGACGACCCCUCCUUCGUCACCGUCUACGGCGUCAGGGACCUCCCCUACGGCUACGAUGUGCUGGUGGAGAACCUCAUGGACCCUGCCCACGUCCCCUACGCGCACAAGGGGCUGAUGGGCAAACUUCGCAAGAAGGAAGACCCCGGAAGAGUUGAGUUCGACGUCGAAGGCGGCGGGCCAGUGAAGAUGAAGAUAGCGGAGGCGGAUAUCGCCGGGUUCCUGUCGGAGCAGGACAAUAGCGGAUACUUCCGGUACGUCGCGCCGUGCACCUUCUACGGCUCGCCCCUCCCAAAAGAGGAAAAGGGACAGGAGAAGAAGAAGAAGAAGAAGCCGCCUCAGUUCAUGCUGGUGUUCAUGUGCGUCCCGGUGUCUCCAGGGAAAAGCAGGGUGAUCUGGGCGUUCCCGAGGAACGUCGGCGUCUGGCUCGACAAGGUCAUACCGCGGUGGUACUACCACAUCGGCCAGAACGCCAUCCUGGACUCAGACAUCUACCUCCUCCACAUCGAGGAGCGCAACUUCGCCGCGGCGGGCAUCGAAAACUGGCAGAAAGCCGUGUAUGUGCCGACGUCGUCGGACAACAUGGUGAUUGCCUUCAGGAACUGGUUCAGAAAACACUGCAAGAGUCAGGUCGGCUGGGCCGCCCCGACGGUCGGUCAGCUACCAGAGACUCCAACCAAAGACAAGCUCAUGGAGAGGUACUGGUCGCACGUCGCGCAGUGCAGGAGCUGCAGCGCGGCGCUGAAGGGCAUGAAGGCGCUGGAGGUUGCCCUGCAGAUUGCGUCGGUGGCAGUGGUCGGGUUCCUCGCCGUCGCCAAGGGGACACUGGUGACAUCGGUGGUGCAGAGAGCCGCCGUUGUGUCCUUGGCUGUGCUGUGCUUCGCCGCGUCCCGUUGGCUGGCGAGCUUCAUCGAGAAGAACUUCUAUUUCCAGGAUUACGUCCAUGCCUACAAGUGAAGGCCAUAAUCCUGCGCCUUCUGUUGCUAGGAUUUUGUAGCUCCUGACUUGAUGCAGCUUUAGGAAGUGUACAUGAAACACAUUGCUUUAUUUGAUACCAAUAGUAGCUGUAUAUAAAGCAACUAGUUUUUUCUUUUCAAACCAAAACCGGCUUCGGAUUUUCAUUCAAAUCCAGUGCCUAAAUGCUAAAUGCGGGACAAAAGGAAAUUAAGAAUUUUGUAUCAA